AAAUUAAGAAAGAAUGGACAAGAAUAAAUGUGAAUGUCGAUUGUUAAGACUACCACCUUAAGCCAAUGAAGACGAAGUCAUAAGUGCUAAAAAGUUUGUUAAAAAGGAUAGUUUUGGUGUCGCUACAUGUUUAAUGCCUACCGCCGCAUAUAUUUCGGAUAUCACUUCAUACUCGAGCUUGUGGUUACCGGCAUCACUCAGCAGUAGUGCAGCGCGCCUUUUGUAAUGGAGCAAAACAUCCAAAGUACUGCUGCGCUGCCGCUGUACGAGCUGGAAGCAGCGUCGUGCUCUGCGCAGCACAGCGGGGCUCUCACGGCGCUGCGACUGCUGCGGAGCUACGAUCGACUCUUGGUGCCAUCAGAGGUACACAGCGUGGUGGGCCCGCUGCUAGCUGCGCUGCCGCCGCAGCCCCACUAUGUCCCUCCUUACUGUCACCAUUUACCUCUCAGAACCACUACGCUGCUGACACCGUCACCGCCCGACAUAGAUGUACGUCGUCGCGGUGAAAAGCGUCCAAUACCACCAGAACUAAAGGAUGAAAAAUACUUCGAGAGGCGCCGGCGGAACAAUCAGGCUGCUAAGAAAUCUAGAGACGCUAGGCGGAUUAGAGAAGAUCAGAUGUCUUUAAAUGUACCAUGUUUAUAGAUAGCAUGGCGCGCAUGUCUCCUGGAGCAGGAGAAUGCUUCACUGCGCGCGCAUGUGGCCGCCUUGCGACAAGAAGCUCUAGCACUGCGCGGACUGCUCGCUGCAAGGGACGAGCCGCCAGCCCCCUCCUCUACCACACCCGACUAGAAUCUUCGCAUUGUGCUUAUAGAUUAUAGAAUAAGUAGUUUAAUAUGUUUUUAUA